AUGGCGGAACUCCUACGCAGGCAGAUCGACGCAUUUGAUACCUAUGAUCAACAAGAUCUGAGGAUGCGUUACGAAUCUGAGGCCUUUGUACUGCGCAAGCGCAGGAUGCACGCCUCCUCUUUCCAUGGAACGCUUAAAGAAUAUCAAAUAAAAGGUCUCCGAUGGCUCAACAAUCUCUUUGAGCAAGGCAUCAACGGUAUUCUGGCUGAUGAAAUGGGUCUUGGUAAAACAAUCCAAGCAAUUGCUCUGCUCAGCCACAUAUCUGAAACUAAGGGCAUUUGGGGUCCCUUCCUUGUGGUGGCUCCAAACAGUACUCUUUAUAACUGGCAGCAAUAAUUCAAGAAAUUUUGUCCAACCUUGAAGGUUUUGCCAUACUGGGGAAACAUCAAGCAGAGAAAGACUAUUCGCAAGUUUUUCUCCUCCAAGAAGUUCACGGAGAAAGCAGAUUCUCCAUUCCGUGUGAUCACUUCUUAUCAAUUGACAGUGACCGAUUAGAAGACUUUCAAAAGGCUCAAGUCAUUCAUGAUCCUCGAUGAGGCUCAAGCCAUCAAGAACAUUCUGUCGCAGAGGUGGAACACACUCAAAGAGUUUCAGUCCAGAAACCGUCUCUUGCUCACUGGUACGCCCAUCCAAAAUAACAUGGCAGAGUUGUGGGCGUUGCUCAACUUUGUCAUGCCUGACCUCUUCGACUCGCAUUAACUUUUUAAUGAGUGGUUUUCUAAGGACAUUGAGGCACACAGUCAGGAUCAAAAGGAGCUGGACCAGAUCAAGAUCCAACGUCUUCACGCUAUCUUGAAGCCUUUCAUGUUACGGCGUAUCAAAAAAGACGUGGAGCAUGAAAUCGGUAAGAAGUAUGAGCACCAGAUGCUUUGUGAGAUGACCAAACGGCAGAAGAUUCUGUAUGAGUCUAUCAAAUAGAAGCUCAACGUUAAGGAGCUAUUCAAGAUGUUCGAGAGCAAGGCCAAGGUGGAAAACCUCAUGAACUUAGUCAUGCAGCUGAGAAUCUGCAACCACCCUGAACUUUUCGAGCGUAGGCCUGCUCGUUCCCCCUUCUCCUUCCAGGAACUCUAUUAUUACACUGGCUACAUCCCCAUUCGCGCAGGAGAAAUCAAACUGCUUUCUUCAAAUGCUAAGAAUCCCAUUCCUCUUUCCCUUCCUAAGCUGCUCUACGAUGACCUUAUAGAUCCCUUCCCUGGCAUUUUAAGUGGAUGCAAAUCACUAACUUACAUCCAAGUAAUAGACUUUGGCAAUCUUAUUGCAGACUCAUCCAAACUUCGUGAGUUAGAUCGCAUUCUAAAGGAGAAAAAGAAGAAUGGUGAUAAAGUGCUCAUCUUUUGUCAAAUGACCAAGAUGAUUGAUAUCCUUUAGGACUUCAUGAAUCUAAGAAAAUACACCUUCUUCAGACUUGAUGGCGCCUCCAACAUAGCAGACAGAAGAGAUAUGGUCAACGAUUUCCAAAAGCCAUCAUCAAAGGUUUUUGUCUUCUUGCUUUCCACAAGAGCAGGUAAUUGUCUUUCUAUUGGUGGUUUGGGAGUAACACUGACAGCAGCCAAUACAGUCAUCUUCUAUGAUAACGAUUGGAAUCCAACCAUGGACGCUCAAGCCACUGACCGUGCUCAUCGUAUCGGUCAAAGCAGAGAUGUCAACGUCUAUCAGCUAGUGACAAAGGGAACCAUUGAGGAGCGUAUAGUGAAGCGAGCCCAGCAGAAAAAGACAGUUCAGAGCACAGUCUAUGAAGGCGCUUCCUUCAACUUCUUCAAAAAAGAUAUGAUAAUAGAGCUGAUGGUGGAUGAGUUCCAUCCGAAGGAGCAGGAGGUCGCACAUAAUAUCGACGACCUGAAGAUAUCCAUUCUGGCGGAGCUCGACCGCAUAUACAAACGCUACAUGGAGCGCUACGCCACCCUAAAGGCCGAAAUCGUGCAGAUAAAGAAGAUGAAAGAGGAAAUCGAGAUGGACCUCAACCGCAGAGCCACCAGCAUUCCGUCCUACAGUCCCAAAAAAGACACUUCUGAGUUCUCCAAGCAUACUCCUACCUCCAACGCCAACAUCAUGCAUGAAGAACCAAUCCUCAAAGAAGUCUAUGAAGAAUCACCAUAUAAUGUUCCUUCAUUUAAUCCCAAUCCUCAUAACCUCUAUGCUGACCGUCGCCAACCGCAACCAGCAGUGUCUAAGCUUGAAGAUUUUAAGGUUGUCCGAGUGUCAGCGGAGGCACAAAGCGUGGGUGUGGAAUGGGGAGAAACAUUGGCUUUGGAACCAUACCAUGCUCUUAAAAGCGUAGGAGAAGAUAUUGUUUUAUGCUGCUUAGAGAUUACUCGCAAUGUUAUGGCAGUGGGUAGCAAGGAUGGUCAAAUCAAUGUGUAUGAAAUCUCUUCAGGACAGCGUUUAGCUAACUUACGGGGUCACAAAGCCAGUAUCUGCCGUUUGGCUCUUAUUCAUCAUGGAGGCAAAAAGUUCCUCGCCUCAGGUAGCGAUCAUGGCUGCAGUUCGAUUGUGCUAUGGGACACUUCAAGCUGGAACAUGAGGAUGCGUAUUGAAGGCCACCGAGCAGCAGUAACUGCAAUAGUUGAUUUGCAGGAUGGAAGAGGCCUGGCAUCUGGCAGCUACGACAAAACAAUCAACGUUUACAGUAUGGCUAAUGAGGGAAAGUUGGCUUACAACCUACCCGCUAACAAGACAUCAGUGACUGCUCUUCUGCUCAACUCAAACGCUAGCAAAAUGAUAUCUUGCGGAUUGGAUGACACCCUUAGCAUCUGGCAGCUGAUUCGCGGUAGUUCGGGAGUGGUGGAGACUAUGUUCCUCUAA